AUUAUCCUAUCUACAAGGUAUAAGUCAACAGCAAAUUUGGCUGCAGAUUGUUUAGAGAUCAGAGGUUUCCACAAGCUGAGCUCAACUCUUCCCCAGCACGUAUGAAAGCUCUUACGCGUUUACUGUAAAAAACUGCUUUGGAGUUUUUCCGGAAACUAGUCGCCAUCUCCCUCCCGACAUCAUUAUAGCGGAUCGUUCUGGCACGGAGAUUUAUCAUGUAAAACAUCCGGGAUUUCUGAGAUGUGGGUUUUUAAGAUUCUGUCGGCGGAUUUUUGAAUUCACCUGGAUCUGAAGGAGUGCUUGACCUCUGUUUUCGUGCUGUUAUAAACGUUUAAACGUCCAUCAUGAUCGGGAGUGUAAGAAGGCUGUAGUUUAACUGCAAGGAAAUCAGCCAGAUGUAAAGUUAGUGGACCGCGGGAACUAGCGGAGAAGUGAGCUAACCUAACUUGUUGAAUUAUUUAUUUACGAUUUAGUGGAAUCGGGUGCUUCUAUAAGACAUAUAAAUAUUUAUAUAAAAUUGUAUUUAAUUCUAUAAUUAAAACAGAACUUGACAGAGUUUUAACCUGUAAAUUUGUAUGUAAAUAUUAGAUGUUACCCAAAAAACCCAGGAAGUAAAAAGUUCAUAGUAAGUGAUUUAUUAGGUUAGAUUGUAAAUAACAACCAACCACCAAAAAAGGAAUAUACAGUACCUAGCCAUCUCCAGGAUUUCUACAAUGCGGGAUGCGACUGUGAAUUUCAAUCUUCUACACAGGACUUGCUCUUUAGUGGUGUUGCUAUGUUUGCUACACAUCUCUGUCACUGUCAUAUAUUAUAUGAGAAAUUCAGAUUCAAGGCAAACUUUUGUACAAAAUCAGCAAAACCCUCAGAUCCAUAGGAAACUGACCGAACAGAGAGGGGCUACAGAGGAGAGCAGUGUGCCAGCUGUGUCUAAUGUGACGGAGACCGAGAGGAAGCUGGACACAUGCCCUGACAGUCCGCCUCGACUGGUGGGUCCGCUGCAGGUAGAGUUUUCUGACCCGGUCUCUCUAGACCUGGUGAGGUCAGAGAACCCAGCGUUGCAGCCCGGUGGACGGUCUAAACCCACAGACUGCAUCGCCCAGCAGAGGGUGGCUAUCAUCAUCCCCUUCAGGAACCGUGACGAGCACCUGAAGUACUGGUUGUAUUAUCUACACCCCAUCCUCCAGCGCCAGCAGCUGGACUAUGGCAUCUACGUCAUCAACCAGGACGGCGAGGAUACGUUCAACCGCGCCAAACUGCUCAACAUUGGUUACGCUGAGGCUCUGAAGGAGUAUGACUACGAUUGUUUCAUCUUCAGUGAUGUAGACCUCAUCCCAAUGGAUGACCGCAACCUCUACAAGUGCUAUAAUCAGCCCAGGCAUCUGUCUGUGUCUAUGGACAAGUUUGGAUUCAGGUUGCCAUAUGCACAGUACUUUGGUGGCGUGUCAUCCCUGAGCAAGGAACAGUAUCUGAAGAUCAACGGCUUCCCAAACAACUACUGGGGCUGGGGAGGAGAAGAUGAUGACAUAUUCAACAGGGUUGCCUCCAAAGGGAUGUCUAUAUCAAGGCCUGAUGGGAUCAUUGGAAGAUGUAGAAUGAUCCGCCAUGAUCGAGACAAACAAAACGACCCCAAUCCACAGAGGUUUGACCGAAUCGCUCACACAAGGCAAACAAUGGCAAGAGAUGGGAUCAAUUCAUUAACAUAUAAGGUUGUUAAUAUCGAGAAAGACCAGCUAUUCACCAAAAUCACAGUGGAUGUGGGAAAACAAGACCAACAUAAAACUGAGUAAACCCGCAGCGCUGGCUGUCCAAACCAAAUGUGCCUUCAUAGUCAAAUGGAUCAUUUUCAAAGUGGAUUCUAUAUUCUUAAAAAGACACGUAAGUACUUAGAAAUGUAUGUUUUGCCAUCUUUGCACAUGUGGUGGUGAACACAUGGGUCUGGACUCCUUUUGUCCACUGUAUCAGAACUGUUCAGCUGCUAAAGGACAUACACAAGGGUUUCAUGUUGUCCUCAAGGCGACGGAUCAACCUUGUUCUGUCUGACACCUCUGCUGAGGAAAGACUAUAUUUUGAGCCAUUCAAUGAAAGCAGCCAAUUAAAGUGAACUGAAUUGCUGAUGAAAAUAUCCUUGUGGUGGGACAAAGUAUGUGAGUUGCUGUGUAUGGGAUUAUUUAGUUGUGUGUGUUUGAAAGCGAAUAUUUAAAGGAUCGAUUUUGUUAAUCAACACCUAAGCAAUGCAAAAAAAAAAACAUUUCUAACAUUUCAAGGGUUGAUUCAAGCAAACUGGCAUUUUUGGGCUGUCACAUCUUUGUUUA